CUGUUGCGUCUUGUAAUUGUAUUCACUUCUUCGGCUCUGCUUCACUUCUUCUACGCAGCUAGCUCCAACACACUCAUUAACAGUACCAACUUGGACCAACUGGUUUGGCUGCUGACACUCCUUAACAACCCAUUACCUUCUACACAACUAAACCGAUACUGGUUUUUCAUUCAACGCUUUGUAUAACAAAUCUGUUUCAUUCUACCUGAAACAGUUUCAACUUCUGAGGAUUUUCCAUUCCGGUGUCUGUAUUUUCGAGUUCAAUAUUCUCGCUGGCUUAAACAGCACACCCGGCAUUCGAACGAUAUCGCUCGCUUCGACCACACUUGGCCUGGCUUCUUUCUCAAGACCAGCUUAUACGACGACUUUCCACUCUUCGGAAAACGACGAUUCUUUUCAGCAACCCGAUUUUUACUUUACGAUACCCAUAGCGGAUUUCAAGGCAGUACAAUGAACAGCCGACCAAUGAGCUCAGGCAUGCCUCAACAUCAGAUGGCUCAGGCCCCUGCGCCUUAUAUCCCGUCACGAGAUUCCAUGGACCGCCACGACUACGGAAUUUCAAAGAACCGUAAGGCUUCGUCGACUGGCGGUGGACGUGCUUGGAGCGAUGAGGAGGAGUCAUAUCUCAUCCAAACUCGACUCCAGAAGAUGCCAUAUAAGUACAUUGCAGCCCAUCUCAAGAAGACAGAGUUGGCUUGCCGUCUCCACUAUCAUCAGCUCUCUCACGGUAGCAACCGACGCAACAAGCGUGCUGCCUCAGUCUCAUCGGGUGCCUCCAACGACAUCCCCCAGACUCACAACGUGAACGUUCCCAGCCCUGCACGAGAGACUGUCUCUCGCUCAGUCUCUCCUGGUGGAAGUGUACGAAGUUAUAGCCCCCCUCCCUGCAACGUCAACACUGCCAGCCACAUCCAGCUCCCCAGCAUCGUUGGACCUAGCGAUGUCACCCGUCUACCGUCCAUUCUCCCAAAGCCUUCUCGCAUGUCUCUCCCACCUCCCGUCACCAACCAGUCAUAUACGACGCCAGUGGAUGUCCCUGUUCAGAUGCCUCCCGCUGCUUUCCACCACCGCGCAGCUUCGCUUCAACGAACAACACCUCCUCUGCGUCUUGACUGCUCAGUUGUGCCUGCUCCUGGGCCCGUGCCUUCACCUCCUGCACACAACGCCUCGCAUGUCGAUCUUUCACGCCUUCAUUCCAUCUACUCAACCCACCGCGCGUCUUUCUGGACAACAAUCGCCAACGAGUAUGGUCCUUCAGUGUCUCCCACUGUUCUCGAACAGGCCUGGAAGACUGGCACCUGCUGCAGCCCUUCUUCGCUGACACCAAUCACCCCCAUCUCCAGUCCAGGCCAGGCUGAAAAGGAUGCGCAGAGCCACACCUACAACAAGGGACAGGACAAGACACGGAUCUCCUCGAUCCUUGGAAUUGACGCUGACCCACGAACCGCUCGCGAUCGGGAUAUCGUGAGACGGCUGGAAGAGGAGCGAUUCGGUAUGAUGCAAACCGCUCACUGAACAUGGACUCCUCGGGUUA